AUCAGACACGAUGGGUCAGCAGUAGGCCUACCCUAAAGUUAUGGCCAUCUAUCACUUUUGAGAGCACAGGUUGUUUAUGUUAUCUGCAUUUCGUGGUAAAGCCUUUACUAAGUAUAGGUGUUAAACGGAAUCGAAACCACUCGAGGAAGCUGAUUUUGUUCUUAGAAGCCCUGUAUUUACAUCACAUCUAUAUAUGAGCUUGCCAAAUGGAAGGGAAAGUUUGCUUUUGGGGUUUUAGGCCAGGUUCUUUACCAGUGCUUUUAUUUAUCAAGGAGGGAUGACCUUGAAAAAGCGUGACAUGUGACUUGACAAAAUGGCGACUCAGUAAGGAUUUGAAGAUUGGAACUUAUAAUUCCGCGUUAGAGCAAUCGCCCAGUGGCCAUUGUGUGAUGACGGUGAUGGUAUGGACUGACCAGUGAUAUUGUUAAUUGCCCCAGGGUAUUUGUAACUAUGGCAAGCGCGGCAUCGAACGGUACCAAUAACUCAAAUAUUCUAUUGAAAAACUGCCGUGCAGACUGGCCAGACGGGCUGUGCAUAAUCUUUAACCUCUGCGGACUCGCAAGCACGUGUAUUUGGUUUAUUGUUCUCUUUCCUCAAGUGUGGAAGAACUUUCGCCGGAAAUCUGUCGUUGGACUGAGUGUAUUAUGGGCCACAGCCAACUUUACUGCUUCCCUUAUCAACUUGUUUUUUGUGUUUUACAUCGGUCGGUUGCCCUUAUACUCCAAGGUGGAGGCCAUUUAUAUGCCUGUUAUGGAGUUCACGCUUCUAAUCCAGUUUUUUGCGUAUGGAACUCAAAGAUGGCGUAGUAAGCUUGUGUAUUGUCUUGUUUGUGUGUUAUUAUGGGGAGGAUUGAUCACAACUGAAGUGGUUACCGACUGGUACAUGGAUAUCCAGUGGGGCGCCAUUGUGUUAUGGAGUAUUGAGUCAUUUCCGCAGGUGAUGUUAAACAUGAAGCUGGGGUCUACUAGCGGGCAGUCCACAGCCUCUGUUACGCUGGCUGUCAUCGGGAAGAUCUGUGAUUUCCUGUCUACGUACGGGCUCGUCAUGCCAUUACAGUAUGUCAUCAUGUCCUACUUCUCCAGCACGCUUGGUUGUUUCAACGGAGUUCAGGUAGCGUGGUACAAGAAGAAAAAAACCAAUGGCAAAUAUUCCAAUUGCAACGCUGCUCAAGAUGAUGCUGAGACGUUUUGUGAGGAGCGCCAAAAUAAUGCUGUAAUUGACCAUAUUCAAGAUAAGCAAUCUUGGAACGACAAAAAUAAUGGUAUUCGAGAAAGAGGGCAUAGAGAUGUUCCGGAUACGCCAAGUGCUGAUAUUUCGGGCAGCCAAUUUGAAGAAACUCCAAGCGUCGAUUUCGAGGAAGAGCAUACAGACAACAUUAUGGCAGACGAUGAACUUCUUCCAGAAACAAUUCCUCUUCAGCAUCACGGACGUUGCCUCCCAUCAGGCUGCCCGCGGCUCUCCGAAUCUAGGAUUCAAAGAGUUAAACAGUUUCUUCGCUGGCCAACCCUUAUUUUCCUGACAGGCAUAUUAUUGUUUUACGCCGCUGGUCUUGUCUGGAACACUCACAGUUACUUUUCUCUAUUUGCCCCUAUAGGCACCACACUGUUGCUCUCUCUCUAUUGGUUGUAUACACAUAAGAAAAUAAUGCCACAUUUCCAAAGUAAUCAGCCAGAGCUUCAAGCUCCUCUCAUAACAGGCGACCGAAUUAUAUAGAGCAUAUACAGUCUAUGCAUAUAUUGUAUAAAUGCACAGUCCGAGCAGGCUUCGAAGCAAUGUCAUGUUUAUCCUUUUAAUGUUAUUUUGACCAUUUAUGGUGGUAAAAUACCAGUAGGCGAGGGGCACGUGAAUGACACGUAGCCGUGUCCAACUGCAAUAUGAGCCAAUGACAAAAAGCUCGUAAAUCUUUUGGUAAAAUUUGGAAUUUAUUCUUCUGACAAGAUUGCCCCGUUUUUAGAGGCUACAUUAAGAGGGAAUUGUCAAAAAAAGUGGACAAGAAGAUAAUUCGCCUUUGCAUCUUCAUACACUGUGCCAUCUAAGUAACCCGUGUCAGUUCAAAUAUUUUGACUAGUUUAGUGUAUUGACCAAAAUGAAAAAGGUAAUUACUGACGUUGGUUGCUCCCCCGCUAGCAAAAGGUUUCAUGAUUGAUCCUUAUAGUUAAUAACACGAAUUUUUCAAUUAUGUUUGUUUCCGGCUCCAAAAGGUGUCCGUUUGGACCGGAAACACACAAAAUCCAAGAUGGCCGCCACUGUAUUCAUUUGUCCUACCAGUGUGUAAAUGCAAAAAAAAAAAAAAAUGAUUUCAAAGUUACUAUACA